AUGGUUCGAACGAGGAGCAGCAGUAAAAACGGUACGGUCAAAAAGACCGAGACUGGGAAAGGUCGAGGUAGAGGGUCAGGUAGAGGGGCGAAACGUGGUGGAAGAGGUCGUGGUCGUGGCACCAAAACGACCGAGAUCACCGGUCCAAAGGAAAAACCGCUAGUGACUUUGAUGCGGACUCGAGCUGCCAGCAAGGCGGCUGUGAGCGAAACUGGAACGACCAAACCCACUCGAGGCCGUCCAUCGGCCGCUCAAAAGAAAGCGCAAACCGCUGCCAAGGCCAAGGCGACAAAGAAAGCUACGGCGACAAAGAAAGCGGCUGCCGCUAAGAAGACUCAAGCCGGCAAAAAGACCACGGGAAAAGGACGUGGUGGCCGAAAGAAGAAGAGAGACUGGACAUUGGAAGAAUUGCUCACGAAUGCAGCUAGUCCAUUGGCCACCAUUGAUAUGAGAAUGGUGAUGAAGGCGGCUAAUUUUGAUCAACUUGACAGACGUGACCAUGCAGACAUUGUGAAACACCUGCCCAAGCCUGAAGUGACUUAUCGUGAUUCAUCCGGAAACGAAAUCCAUCCUGGAUCCAAUAGUGAAGCGGUCCGUUUGGAGAAUCAAAGAGAAUACUCCCCGCGCGUGGCUCCCAACUUGUAUCAAGAGAACAAUGUGAUCUUUUGGAACGCGGUCCAUCACUGGCAAGAAAGUUUGGCAGCCGGCGAGUUUGAAAAACCCUCCGCCCCACUCUCACCUCCCGUGUCUCCCAAACGUCGUCAUGAUCAAGUCGAGGACGACAAUGAUUGGAAGGAUAACGAGUACGAAAACUAUUGGGGAGAACGUCUCGAGCGUGAAAGGAAGCGUCGUCGACCAUCUGAUGAAAGUGAAGCAUCCGACAAAGAGGAGCAAGCUGGGUCCACGGACAGUUCCGAUAUGGAAACAGACGAAGAACUAGACGAGAUCGAUCCGUCGCCUACCCCUUCGGCAAAUGGUCGCCGCACUCCACCCAACGGCAGAGUCAAUGGAAGACAAUCUCCUCGUCGUGGCACUUCCACUCGCAAGCGUAAAUGA